AUGGGCAGCCAGAAGCGCAUAGCCAAGGAGUUGGCUGAGCUCGUCGAGUCGCCUCCAGCAGGCAUCACGGUCAAAUUGGCGGACGAAGCCAACCUGUACGAGUGGAAGGUGUUGAUGGAUGGCCCAGAAGGCUCGCCGUACCAUAAAGGAAAAUUCCAAAUCAAACUCGUCCUGCCAACUGAAUACCCUUUUAAACCGCCUACUGUCUCUUUCGCAACCAAGAUAUACCACCCCAAUGUAACAAAUGAUGAUAAAGGGAGCAUGUGCCUGGGAAUGUUGCGACCCGACGAAUGGAAACCCAGCUCUAAGAUUGGAGCUGUUCUCGAAUUCGCCCGUCAGCUACUAUCAGAGCCAAUGCCCGACGACGCUAUCGAGGGUAGGAUCGCCGAGCAAUACAAGAAUGACCGCAAGCACUUUGAUGAAGUUGCCCGGGAAUGGACUCGGAAACACGCUUCUUAG